UCGAGGAUUUUCAAAGCCAGCUACUGAAAGCCCGGGGGAAUGGCUUCCACGGUGACACUGCUGAGGAAGACGGCCACCAUACGGAUGAGCGACGUCGCCGCCGUGGCUUCACCAGCGACGACGAUGAAGUCGCUUUUAAUGGAGGGAGGCAAUGGCGGCGGCGGCGGCGGCAACGUGGCGAAGCGGUGCUGCGAGCGCAAGUGCGAGCUCGUCGGCUACGACGCGCUCCCGGCCUUCCUGCAGCACAACGAGUUCAUCCUCCACUACUACCGCAGCGAGUGGCCCCUCAAGGAGGCGCUCCUCAGCGCCUUCGCCCUCCACAACGAGACCAUCAACGUCUGGACGCAUUUGAUCGGCUUCUUCGUGUUCCUCGCGCUCACCGUGUGCGCCGCCACGAUGGUCCCCAUGGAAACCAGCGUACCCCACUCGGUGACAUCCACGGGCCUGGCAAACUGCACCGGCAAGGGCAAUCACAGGGUGCUCAUGACCUCGUACAGCACCAGCGGAGCGGCCGUGGCAAUGCAGGCGCUGAUACGCCGCAACGUGUCCAUCUACGUCGAGCCGGAGCUCACGGCAGCGGUGGUGCUGUCGUCGUCGGGGGAGCACGGUCCGGUCGAGCGGUGGCCGUUCUACACGUACCUGUGCGGCACCAUGUUCUGCCUGCUGAUGAGCAGCGGGUGCCACCUGCUGGCGUGCCACUCGGAGCACGCCAGCUACGUGCUGCUCCGCCUCGACUACGCCGGCAUCACCGGACUCAUCGUCACCUCCUUCUACCCGCUCGUCUACUACACCUUCCUCUGCGACCCCUUCUCCCGGACGCUCUACCUCGGCUCCAUCACCGUCUUCGGCGCCGCCGCGGUGGCCGUGUCGCUGCUGCCGGUCUUCGAGGCGCCCGAGCUGAGGUGGGCGCGCGCCGCGCUGUUCGUGUGCAUGGGCGCGUCCGGCCUCGUGCCCAUCGUGCAUAAGAUGCUCGUGUUCGGCGCACGACCCGAGGCGGUGGUCACCACGGGAUACGAGGUGGCCAUGGGGGUGUUCUACCUGGCCGGCGUGGUGGUGUACGCCACGAGGGUGCCGGAGAGGUGGAUGCCGGGCAGGUUUGACCUCGUCGGGCACAGCCACCAGUUGUUCCACGCGCUUGUCAUCGCCGGUGCUUACGCGCACUACCAUGCCGGCCUAGUUUACUUGAGUUGGAGGGACAUGGACAAGUGCUGACUGCUGUCGUUCACGUCUGCUAAGACAAAGAAUUUUGACGAAAGAAGUUCUAGUGCUACAAGAAUUAUGGUGUUAUUGAGCUACACAAACCUAUGCCAGACCAAGAACAGAACAUUUUUUUUUCACGAA